AUGACGGGAACUUGCAUGCCUUGGCUUGAUUGGGGGUCACGCAGCCUUGUUGUUCUGUGCCUGCCUACCGGUCAGGUGAAGCAAUUGCAAGUACCAGCAUUCCCUACUAUGGCGAACUUCUCAAGAUCUAGCUGCAAUAUUGAAUUGCAUGAUGAGAUCCUCUAUGCCAAAUGCGAAACCUCCUCGGGAGAAUACAGGGAGACCACACUGAACCUGGAUCAAUACAUCGGCAAUCAUUAUGGUAAAUUCGCGUGGGAAGGCCGAAACUACAGUAUGUCCGCCAGUCACACUCGGCUGGAAGGCACUGUUCUCCACGCUAGGUUGUACACCUCCGAUGGCGGAUGGCACGAAGAAUCUGUCGAUCUGGAAGAACGCAUUGCCAACAUCUGUGGCUAUCUUGCUUGCAUGGACCAAUCACUGGACCGUACGAUGACGCGAGAAGAGUCAGGGAUAAUGUCAUAUCACACGGGGCCAGAAUUCAUGAAUCAGAUGGCAAGACAGGAGAGAGACGCAAAUGAAGGUGCAGCGAUAGAAGCAAGAAGAGCUCUCCUAGCCCGAACAAUCUCAGACAAGCCGCUCUUCAAACACGAACCCCUGUGUAGUGAACGUAACUUUCGCUUGCUCCGAAUUGCAUCUCCAGGUGAGGACGCAGAUAUUGUAGAAUGCUCAAUCAUUGAAGUCGACAUGGCUACGUGCCCAAAGUUCGCUGCUCUGUCUUACACAUGGGGGAGCCCCUUUCCUCCAACAGCCCCCAAGGUCGAGGAUACCUAUCAGAAGAACGUAAGGAUCCGCUGCAAUGGCCGGCCACUGGAAAUCGGGCAGAACCUUUACGAAGCGCUUCGCCGACUUCGAGGCAAAGUGCCCGAGGAGCCGCAAGACCGCACAGCGUCCACUGCUCUCAUGAAAGCAGCGUGGAACAACGUUCUUGUGGAGGUGGAGAAGCUGCUACGAGAAGGGGCCGACAUACAUGCCCGUGAUGGAGAAAGUCGGACCGCUCUACAUCAUGCUGCUCGUAUGGCUCAUGUUGACAUUGUAAAAGCUCUGGUUCUAGCUGGUAGUGACAUGGAUGCAACCGACGAGUGGGGCGACACACCCAUAGAACUUGCUCGCAAGGAAGCAAGAAACUCCCAUCAACCUCAAUGGCGAGACACUGAACGAUUCCUUUCCCAGAGAAUGGGUGCUGUAUACGGCAAAAACACCGUUCUUCGGCCUAAGGUCACUGAGCUCGAGUAUUUCUGGAUAGAUGCUAUCUGUAUCAAUCAAGCAGACGACUCAGAAAAAGCAUUGCAAGUCGCUCAGAUGGGUGAGAUAUUCCAAGCUGCAGAGCAUGUCAUCAUAUGGCUUGGCCGAGAGUUUCACGAUCGACAUGACAAUACAGAGGAGAUUCUGCAAGGUUCUUGGAGAUUGGAGUUUGCUAGAGAGGCAGACCAAAUCCCUCCAGAUGUUUUGCAAGACUUGGUUAAGGAUCCCGUAGCUGGACUUGUGGUUUCACAAAGCUCGAAAAUUAGGCUUGCCGCCGUCGAUUGGCUGAACACUAAUGGACAAGAGAGAAUCGACAAUUGGAUGCUUGGAGUACCGCUGUUUCAAAGAGCCUGGUUCAAUAGAGCUUGGAUUCUGCAAGAAGUCUUCAUGGCGAAAGACCUAACAGUAGUGUGUGGACCAUACUUACUACCUUGGGAUUUAUUCGUCUUCCUGUCGAUCAUCGUUGAAGCCUGUCGUCUUGUAUCGCUUGAUGGCAGCUUUGGCUACAUGUUUGGUAUUAAAAGAGAUCUCUGCGCCACUGGAUAUGCUCGAGCAGCAUACCUCAGUGGCAAACCACAUCUGAGCGAGAUACCAGCCAUUAGCCUUCAUCGACAGAGGAUGGCUUUCAAACGAGAAGGCCGGCUGUCCAUGAUGCCAGCUUUGAACUUGAGUCGGCAUCAGCAGUGCGCUGAUGCGAGAGACAAAGUUUAUGCUGUUCUUGAUUUCGCUUCAAUACAGUAUCCGACAACACGAGGGCCAAGGAGCAUUGUACCUGACUACACAAGGUCGGCGAGAGAUUUGUUUCUGGAAGUUGGGAAGAGCCUGCUUGCUAUGCAUGGGCCUUCUGCGCUAUCGCUGAGCGGCAAGAGCAAGCACGAGCGGCGCAAGGGGUUGCCAUCCUGGCUACCGGAUUUGGACAAUCUAACCCCUGUCAGUAUUAGAGGUAUCGAUACCAAUGCGUUGCACGACACGCAGGUACAGAUUCUUGAUGCCAAAUUUGACCAAGAAGACGGCUCGCUCUACACCUCGACAGUACGCAUCACACCACAGAAUGAGCUUCUAGUGCGCGCCUACAUCUGGGACACAGUCUCUGAGACGGCUGACACGGGACUCAACGAUGUAGGUGCCGACUUAUCCGGACUCAGGAGGUGGCUUAAACUGGUUUUCAAGCUAGAGCUAUCUUCAGAGCAAAGACGUCGAGCUCUAUGGCGCACACUGAUCGAAGACGCAACAGCCACAACACCUGAUGGGCCAUUACCGUACGGAUUGACCGACGAGAGUUUCAAAGGCUGGCUCACAUUCGUCUGCAUCAGCGCGGCACUGGGCCACCACGAGAACUUCCCAAUCACUCGCCGGUCAGCACAGGACUACGACAAGUACUAUCACGAGAAAACCAACCGACCUGAACCGCUCAUAAAAGCAAUCAUCAAGGAGACAGAGUGUCACCUCGCAGCCCUCGGGCUACCAUGGUCUCGCGGUGACGCACGCCUUCGGAACGACCUUGAUCUGUACUCGAGCAAUAACUCAGCAUCCCACGCCUUGUGCUCGCUGGCCAUUUACUCCGCAAUGCCCUUCGUAUAUUUCGUUGGCAGAAAUGAUACAUCAAGACGGGUGCUUCGGACAGAGACGCAUAAUGUUUUGGGCACGGGAUCGGAACUGGUACAAGCGGGUGAUGCGAUUUGUAUCGUCGAUGGUGCUAGUGUUCCGUAUCUGAUAAGACCGACGACAGAGGGGAAGUAUGAGCUGAUUGGCGAGGCAUAUCUGUAUAGCGUUGACACAAUGCCAAUUCAAAGGCGCGAUGCGGGGAUGUAA